GCUGCACAGUUGCCAUCACGUGCACGAGGAGGAAACAGCAAGAAGAACAAGAAGAAAAUGUCCCAACAGCAAGUAAAGUAUGAAUUGUUGGAGGGUCAGCGUGAAAAAAGACUAAAGUACUCAUCCUACCUGCAAAUUGCACUCCUCAUCCUCUUGUGCGCAGUGUCCAGCGUCACAGUGUACACGACAUGGACGAUAAUCUACCGGAACAGCUUCAAUUACCCCCCAAAAUUAUUUGAUGUUCCAACACUGUGGAUUCAUCGAACAAAUCUCUAUUCUCAGUAUCUGAGUGACUAUGUUGUACCCAAAGAGGGUGAUGGUGAGAGCAGGAGGAGAAGCAAUGAAGGAGCAGCUUUGACUGAGAAUUCUUCAGUGAAGGAGCUGGAGAAUGAGAGAAUCUUCCCAUCGCGCUAUGGGAAUUUCAUUCCCACCGAACGAGGGGGUAAACGGAAGCUCGUGUGCUACUACACGGCACCGUACAAUGUGAUAAGAGGACGGGAUUUGCUGCCCAAAGACAUUGAUCCGCAUCUGUGUACGCACAUCAAUGUGGGCUUCGCGGGGGUGGUCAAUAGUACGUUGUUCCUGGACGACGUUCUCCGGGAGACUUUUGUGCAAAUGGCAGCUCUGAAGAAGAUUAAUCAGGCACUGAAGAUUCUCGUGUGGACAGGUGGAGCAGAUGUUGGGGGAUUCUCGGAGAUGGUGAAGGAUCAUGCAAAUCGGAAGCACUUCAUUCAGAGCCUGAAGAAUGUCCUCGAGACUUAUAGGUUGGAUGGGAUUGAUCUUGAUUGGGAAUUUCCAGGGGGAUUUGAUCGGCAGCGUCAGCAUUUCUCGCAGCUGCUGCAUGAGAUACGAAGGGAGUACCAGCGGGAACAUCGAACGUACCUCCUCACUGUGGCUGUUGCAGCCCCAAGACCCAUCAUUGACGUUGCCUACGAUGUUGGGGAGAUCAAUAGCUAUGCGGACUUUGUGAAUAUCAUGACGUACGAUUACCACUUCUACUCCCAAACAGCCCCAUUCACAGGGAUAAAUGCCCCCCUGUUUGCGCGCGAGAAUGAACGGGGUUUGCUGGCUAUGCUGAAUAUAAACUACACGGCAAACUACUGGCACGAACAGGGUCUGGACAAGGAGAAAAUCAUCAUUGGUCUACCCACGUAUGGGCAUUCCUUCCAUCUCGCCAAUCCCCUCAAUCGACGCAUUGGGAGUCCAGCAACGAAUUUCGGCGCCACGGGGAUUCUGGGCUUCACCUCCUACUCGGAAGUUUGUUGGUUUCAGCAGAAUAACAUCUUCGUGACGACGGUGUUUGACAAUGCAACAUGUUCACCGUACACAAGUGCCGGCACCGAAUGGAUCUCCUACGAUGACGCCGUGAGUCUGGAGUGCAAGACAAAGUGGGUGAAGGACAAUGGCUUUGGGGGCGUGAUGAUUUAUGACCUCAAUUCCGAUGAUUACGGGUUAUUCUGCCGACACGAAGGGGAUGGCGUCACGGGGCAGGAAACAUUCCCACUCUCACGCAAAGUCCACACAGUUCUUUUUAGCAAUUUCAGCGCAACGGACAACUGAGGGGGAUGAUCAUGGGGUAAGUUUUGAGGGGGAGUAGAGUUACCUUCGCGGGGGUUGAACUGAUAGUUAAGUUGGGAGAAAAAUGAAGAUGAAGCGAAUUGUUGCUUAACGGCUAUUAAGAGCUAUUCAACACUGUUGCGUAAAUGCGUAAGACAAUUUUAAUUAAAUUUUAUUUUAGGAGGUAAGUGAAAUUGCAAUGCCAUAAAAAUCUUAUAAUUAAAUGGAAAAAAAAUAUUAAAGAAGAUUUGAAGUAUUUUCGGUGGAAGAAAAUUUAUCUUUAAGAUUUCCUAAUUUAGAUUUUGAAAUUCCGUGAUAGAUAUUUCUAUUUGACAGGUCUAAAAAAUUAGUACUUACUUCAAAAAAUUGACAGCUGAGACACAUUUUGUUGCUAUAAAAUGAGACCUUUGGUAUUUUGCCCUUGGAAUAUAAAAAAGAAAAUUAAUUUUAACAGAAUUGACGUUAAAAAUUGAUUUUUUGUUUAUUUUCUUUGCAAAGCUUCGGAGUUUUAUGAGAAACAUUUUUGACUUUAAAAUUUUAAAGCAUUGACCACACGAUAAUGGGAAAAACAUUAAAUUUUCUUACAAUUCAUGUGUUCCAAAAGAAAUUUUUAAUUUUAAUUUAAAGACAUAAAUUUGAUUGAUUUGAAAAGUAUUAAAGUUUAGCCAAGACACAUUUUUGUGCUAUAAAAAGUUUCGCAAAUGCUAGUCUAAAAAAGUUUAAUAUAAUUUUGGAAAAGAUUAGUAACCCUACUAAAAUCGCUCUUGUGACUCAUGAGAGUCGCUUUUGGCAAUUUUAUAGCACUUUCAGAUCAACUAAUCUAUAAAUUUAUUAAAUAACAUGUACUAAAUUUAUGGCAUGUGUAUAGAAUACUUAAAAAGAUUUUAUUUUUUUUAAAUCAUUGAUUUAUUUUUCUUUCCGUUUUUCAUGAAUUAUUAUUAACUAUUGGAUUGAUUACAACAAAAAAUAUAUUUCUGUAUAAAAUUUAGUCAGGACACAUUGAACACAAACAUUUAAUGAAUUCUGACAUUUACCAUAAAAACUUGAAAAUGCUUUUGAUUUAGGAUUUCUUGUAGCACUGAGCUCAGUUUUUGUUAGAAUUUGUUUUUGGACUAAAUUCUGUAAUUUUCCGAACUUGAAAAGUUCUAAGAAAUCUUCUAUUCUGAAUGUUGUGUGUCCUGACUAAAAGAUCCAAAAGUACUAAUUUUUAAACCAUCUGUCAAAUCUUUCCUUUUUCACAAAAUAUUCAAUCUUUGAAAUGUUUUUCAUUAAAAAAUUGUUUCUUUUUACGAUAAACUUGCCAUUAAAAAAUGAAAUUUCAACGUACAAUUUUUGUUACCAACUUACGCAUUUACGCAGCCGAGUACUAAUGUGAGAGUGAGUAUUCCUACUAUUCCAAAAAUAUUUCUACACGUAUUCCAAAUGAAAAAAAAAAUACAAAGAUAUUCAUGAAAUAACAAAACAAAAAAUCAAAACUAAAAAAUCAAAUUGAAGAUCAAUGAAGCGCCUUUGUUGACAAAUUGCAGCACUUUUAUUAAGUUUCCUUUAAAAGCUUUAAGUUAGUUAAUUUCUUUACCUUUUUGUGCAAAAAAAAAAACGCAAAAUUGAUCUUCAAUUGAGGGAAAAGUAUUUUAAAUAUUUUAAUUCUAUCAGUAUAAAUAUAAAUAAAAAGAAAUUGAGCAAUAUUUACAAACUGAGGGGAUUUUUUAAAAAUGUUUUCUCUUCUACAAAAAGAGAGAAGAGGAUUUAAAAAAAAAUCCCAUCAGACUAUUCCAUGUUAUUUAUUUAUUUAUUCUUCGAUUCGCGCACUUUUUUCCUCCUGAAUUAUUUAAUGCGAUUUUCAUGGAAAAAACGUUGCAAAAUGUGGGUGGAGUUGGGGGGGAGGAAGUUUAGAAAGGUUUAGGAGAGUUUUUACCUAAAUAACAUUUAAUUUAGUGUGCGAUUGAUGCUUCUUUGAUGCUUUCACGGAAGGAAAACAGCUAAAGUAUUUAAAGAGAGGGAAGAUUUACGGUGAUUUUGAAAGCUUUCACCUCGUUAGGGGGAUUGGGGGGAGGGGCAAUAUAUUGUGAAGCGCGAAUUUUGUGGGGCGCCAAAAAGUCAGAGGAGUUAUCGGAAAUCCGUUGAUGGCAUUGUGGGGAGGGUGGAAAAUUCAAUUGUUGGCAUCUUCAGCACGAAUCGCGACUCUUCGAGGAAAUUUCCGUGUCAAAGUUUUAACUAAAUUCUCCGUGAGAAGGACAAGAGUUCGCAUAAAGAGGAUUCACGAAAGAAUCCUUCGCUUGAUGUCCUCAAAAUGUUCUCUUUUUUUUGCUACGUAUUCAGCUGGGCGAGGGGUGGAAAUUUGGGGCCCAGAUUGAAGAAAAAUUAUCCGCGUAGAAGCUUAUUUUUUUGCUCGUUCUCUCGCUCGAAGCUUUUGCUGAUUUUGGAGGAGGGAUGGGCGGGGGUGUUGGAGUACCAUUGAGGGCGAAUUAAUGAUUCUUCCAUGCAUAGAAUUCUAAUUUCCAUCAUUAGAAGGCUCUUGUCUUGCUUUUUUUUUAUUCCUUUCUCAGAAAUUGAGCGUUUCUGUGUGUGAGAAAAAGCUCAUUAAGAGAAAUGGCAGCCAGACGGGAUUGAAGAGAGAGAGAGAACUUUGGGCGCGAUGGGGCAAGUUAAAAUACUGAUAGAUGGGGGAGGCAGCACGUUGUUUUAAUUCACAGCAAAUAUUAUCUACCCCCAAACGACUUAGGAGAUAAAAAUAAUUUUGAAUUGAUCGAAGAGAAAUUCAUUAAAAAAAAAUGUUUUAUUGUAUAACUAAAAAGAGAGAAAUAAAAGAAAAUGAAGACAA